GUCGUUUGUACGGGACUACUCAUUUGAUAUAUUGAGACAUUUUUUCGUUUUGCUAAACAGUCAACUCUAUUUGCCUUUCUGCUAUAAAUAUCUUUAAAUUCAAAGGAACUUUUCCUCAUAAAGUAUGUUAUGCGUAAUACUAGUAGCGGGACAUGGUACCCUUUUAGAAGAAGAAAUUCAGGCUUCGCAAAAGUACUCGUCCCUAGCAGGAGUCCCUAAAGCCCUCCUUCCCACACAUAAAGGUAAAACAAUUCUUGAUGCAUGGUGGUCUGCAGUGAGAAGCAGACAACUUUUUUCCGAUGUACUCCUAGUAACAAAUGCCGCAAAAUAUAAACACUACGAGCGAUGGGCAACAGCAUCCGAAUUCCCCAUACACAAUAUUAUAAAUGACGGAACAACUACUGAAUCAUCGAGAUUGGGUGCAUGCUUGGAUUUACAAUUAGCUUUGGCUGUGAACAAAAAACAGUUUGACUCAAUUCUGGUGGUAGCUGGUGAAAUGUUAUUUGAAGAGAGUAAGCUAGAUAUGGUGACUGUUAUUCAACAAUCUCAAAAAUUCGAUAAUUUGGCUGUGUAUUAUGAACUAGGAGAAAAUGAGUCUCCUGAAACAAGGGGAAUUGUUGAAAUAGAACCGGCUAGUGGGAGGAUAAAGGCUUUGUAUGAGAAGCCAAUCGCCUCUGUGACUAAUUCUAAAUUGGCGAGUGUUGUAUUUUAUUGCUUAAACUUUCGCACUAUUCAAACAUUGUCAGAGUUUAAUAUUCUUCAUAAAGAAAGUCCUCGUAGUUUAGGACAUUUCAUGUCAUGGUUAAUAGAAAGAGAUACACCUAUAUACGGCCUAAAGUUACCAACAGCUUUCAAAUUAAUAGGAUCAAAUGUUACUUUGGAACAAUACGAAUUAGCAAUAGAAUAUUUUUCUGACUUGGCCUCUAAGGAAGUAAGAUCCAUAACGAAACGGGUAUUCGCAAGGGUAGGUCUAAUGGGCAAUCCAUCUGAUGGAUUUAAUGGGAAAACUAUUGCUCUUUCAAUAAAAAAUUUUUGGGCUGAUGUUACGAUAACAGAAUCUGAUAAAUUAGUGUUAUGUCCCCAUCCAUUAAAUGAUCCGACUGAAUUCGGAUCCCUUUGGGAUUUACACGCUAUAUCUCGUAGGGAAGGAUAUUUAGGCGGAUUAAGAUUGGUUCAGGCAACUUGCAAGAAAUUUUAUCAGUAUUGUUCUGAUAAAGGGAUAGCCAUAGGAAAACGAAACUUUACUCUUAAAUACGACACAAACAUUCCUCGUCAAGUCGGUCUAGCUGGAUCUAGUGCUAUUGUAACUGCCACUUUACAGUGUCUGUUAAGUUUUUAUGAGCUAAACUCUAACGAUAUGCCAUUACAUACUCAACCCCAGUUCGUUUUGGAUGUUGAAACAGAGGAACUUUUUAUACAGGCAGGAUUACAGGACAGAGUGGUCCAGACCUACGAAGGUCUUGUUUAUAUGGAUUUCAGUAAAGAACUGUUUCAGCAACAGAAUUAUGGGCAUUACGAACGACUUGAUAACGUUGAAUUACCACAAUUUUUUCUUGCUUAUUUAAGAGAUCCGUCUGAUUCUGGAAGAAUACAUAGCGACGUUGGCGCAAGGUGGCGCCGAGGCGACGAACAAGUUGUUAAGGCUAUGAAAAAAUUCUCUCUUCUCACUGAUCAGGCUCGUGAAGCUAUUGAGGCGAAAGAUUGGGAAACCUUGAAACUUCUAAUGAGUGAGAACUUCAAUUUGAGGAGGUUAAAUUAAAUACUUUUAAUCGAAACAUGACUGACUAUCGUAAUAAUUUUUCAAGAGAGAUUUACACUGACCCAGCCUUAGGAGAGAGUAAUCUACGUUUAAUUGAAAUAGCGCGAUCUCAUAACGCGUCAGCUAAAUUUCCAGGCUCAGGAGGUGCUGUUGUUGGCCUGUGCACCGAUGAAGAUAGCAGAGAGAAGCUGAAGUUGGCUUAUCAGAGUGAAGGAUUUGUGUUCGUCGAUAUUUUACCUAACUCUGGAGGUCAUAAUCAUAAUCCUGUUAAAUAAAAAUAAAUUUAAACUGAAAGAGAAAGGUUGUUUUUAGAAUUUUAGCUGUCUGCCUUUGAGGAAUGGAGAAAGUACAUCUUCGUACAGUCAUCUUUCCCCCCGGCAUGUUUAUUUUAACGAAUUCGGUUUAGACUAAUGCACUUUAUUAUUGAGUCAGUGAUGUGAGUGAGGUCCUCGUCCAACAAUCGCAAUCACUGGGACUCUUUACUGUACAUAAGCGCCAUUUUGAUUCCGAACAGGUUGACUUCAACGCGUCACGUUAGCCACUUUUUUUUAAUUAUUUUAUUCAAUUCAUCUCCAUGUAGACUGAACAGUGGAUGAAAACAGACUACGUGUGCAGGGAGAGAAUUCUAAGUCAGGGUUAGAAAAGAGGGCCGCGAGACGCCACCCCCAUCGUGACGGGCCGAGGUCUGAGUAUUUCGUAAUUUUUGGUACGAAAAGGCCAUAACAACAGCAGCGCCACCUAUUUUGAAAUAGCUUUUGUACUAAUUAUUUUAACGUUGUACUUAACAAGAGUUUUAUUAUCUACUUAUAUUUGCCCCAACUUAAAUCUCCUUAAAGUUACUUUAUCAUCUCUUAAAUUAUUAUUUUUAAUAUUUUACAGCUGA